AUGAAUACACCAAACAUCACCAUGUUCAGACCUGAGCGCAGCGGGAGGACGUGCCGGCACUGCCUCUGCGGCAUCCAGUGGCCCCCGGACGCCUGCCCUCAGGCACUGCGCUCCCUGCGCCCCUGGAGCCAAGGUAAGAGGAGCCUCAGCUGCUUUUUGGUGUUUUGGAAGGUGAUACUGCUCCACACCACUAGCAGGCUGAAACAUCAAACACCUGGGAAGCCGGCCAAUCUGUCACUGGAAAUGAUCCCCAAUCAGCUGAGGGUCAGCUCUCCAGUGUCUAGGCAGGAACAAGAGACGCUGGAUGGCAGGACUGGCUCUGAGCAGGACAGAGACCGUGUCACUUCAGGGCACAGCCAGGAGCUAAAGUUGGAGCCCUGUUUCCAGACUGACUCUCUCUUGCCUUCCCCCAGUGUGUCCCUGAUAUCACAGCUCCUCAGCCACCCAAUGGCUGGCAGGAGCCUGGAUCCCACCAUCAUUUUCCCUUCCUCUCAGGCAGUGGCCCUGCCUCAGGACUACAAGUGUGGUGCAUCUCCUGGAGAAGGAGCGCAAACUGUGGCUUUCCCCAGGACCCGUGCCCCGGCUCCUGUGCCCUGUGCUGCUGGCAGGGAUCAGCUCUCUGACCAGCACCUACAGGACCAGCUCUCCAGGCAGCACCUACGAGCCAAACGGGCCAGGGUGGAGAGCAUCAUCCAAGGCAUGAGCCUCCUACCAACCCCUCAGGCAUUUGGCACCAGCCUGGAGGCAGCUUUUGGGCAUGAGAGGGAGAGGGGCGGUGAGAUGCCCCGGGAGAGUAAGAGGAAGCCGAGGGUUCCCCAGCAGGCCACAGGAGCAGCCGGGCAAGUGGCCCCCAUGGCAGGCAGCCCUCAGCAUGAGGGCUGCCAGGAGCUGAAGGAGCAGCUCUGCUUUUUAGAGCAGCAACUGAGGCGGCUUCAGGAGAAGUUCUCCCAGGUCUGCGACUCUGGGGACACUGCCCAAACCCAGGAAAGUGCUGAGAAAGUGCAUCCACUGCCUGAAAAGCCUGGAGACGGACCAGACGAGGGCAGCGCCACUGCCACCAGCGACGCACGCAAAGCACCUCUCUGGAAGAGUGUCCUGGAGGUGCGUGGUCUGGAGGAGGAGGAGGACAGCGGCGACACAGGUGGCCUGCCCUCAGCAGCGAGGGUCCUCUCGCAGGCGCUGAAGCACGAGCUGGCCGGGGUGACGUCGCAGGUGGUGGACUCUGUCCUGAAGACUGUCUGGCCGAAGGCAGCCAACCACCUUCUGCAGCAGCACCGCAGCCUCCCAGUGCCAGGGCCUGGUGUGAGGAGAGAGUAUUUUGCUGCUGGGAAAUGCAGAAAGCCACUUGCUAAGCCAUCUCCCAGGAAUGCACCAGGCUCCCUGGGCUCACCUCAGGCUGAGGCCCUGUCAGGAGCUUUGGGGAAGAGCCUGGGCUCUCAUGCUGGCUCCUUCGGUUCAAAGGGGGUCAGAAAACCCUCUCAGGUACCCAGCAUGGGUUAUUCGCUGGUCUCGGCUGCCCCAGUCCAGGACAGCCAGCUGCUGAGCCAGCUGCUGGGCUAUGGCCAGCACAGCCUCUGGGGCAGUAGCUCUCGUGGGAGCCCCUCUGCUCUGGAGAGGGGUCCUCUGGAGCCCCUCGACUUGCACUGGGGAACUGUCAAACUGAGGUCAUCGGUCGUGAGACAGCAGCAGCAGCAUCCCCUGCCCCUGAGCCCUGCUGACAUGGAGAGCCUGGCGCGGCUGCCGGCUGGCAGGGAUGGCUGCGGGGAGCUGCAGGCUGCGAUGGAUGGUGUGCCCUUCGCCUCCACCCAUAUGCAGGAGGCGCUGACCCCCGGCCACCUGAAGAAGGCCAAGCUGAUGUUUUUCUUCACCCGCUACCCUAGCUCCACUCUGCUGAAGACCUACUUCCUUGACGUGCAGUUCAGCCGCUGCAUCACCUCCCAGCUCAUCAAGUGGUUCAGCAACUUCCGCGAGUUUUACUACAUCCAGGUGGAGAAGUUUGCCCGGCAGGCCCUGGUGGAGGGCGUUGUGGAUGCUGGCACCCUCCGGGUCUCCCGGGACUCAGAGCUUUUCCGUGCCCUCAACAUGCACUAUAACAAGGGGAACGACUUUGAGGUGCCAGGGCGGUUCCUGGAGGUGGCCAGCCUGACGCUCCGGGAGUUCUUCAGUGCCAUCAGGGCGGGCAAGGAUGCUGACCCCUCCUGGAAGAAACCCAUUUACAAAAUCAUUUCCAAACUGGACAGCAACAUCCCUGAAGGGUUCAAAGCUGCUGCCUGCUCCCAGGAACUGCUCCGCAGCUGA